AUCGAUAGCUCAUAGAGUUUUAAGCUCAUAAAUAAAUAAACCAAAGCCGUAUUUACUUUUGUAAACUUAAUGUUAUAAUUUUGGCAAAGUGAAAAAUGGAUUUCACCAAAACGUCCAGCGUUGAGGAAACCGAAAAUACAGAGAAUGUUACGCAUGCAAAAAACUUACACAAAAAUGUAUCAAAAUUUUACGAGACCAUAGGAAAUGUUUCCCGAAACAUGCGAAAAGAUGAUUGGACAUACCUGCAACGCCACCCGGAGAUUCGAGCUAUAAUUCGGGUCAUUACAUCCGAGGCGAUUAAGGCUAAGCCCUCAAAUAUAUUUCACUUUACAGCAAAAUUGUUUUCUUGCGAGAAUGACGAGGAGUUGGUCGAAAAGAUUAACAAGCAACUAAAGUGGGUCAACGAGCAGUUGAGAAGAGGCACCUGGAAUCCUGCAGACGGAGAUGUUUCCUUUCCAGAAUCCAGCGAGACCUCUUCGGAAAACAAACCUAAUUGCGAAACAGUUUUUGAAACUUCUAAGAAUCUGGAUGUGUCCGAAAGACUAGUAUGUCCUGAAAAUUUUAAGCCUAGCUGUAAGAAAUGUUAAGGGUUGUAAGCUUGAGAAUUUUAAAAAGGCUUGUUAAUCAAAUUUAAAAUUAAAGGUUAUGUUUUGUCGAUUCUAAA